CUGAAAACCAAAAGGAAAAAAAAAAAUAUCUUUCCUUUCUUUGGACGGUCUCUCUUGUUCAAUCUCUCCACGAUUCUACCUUUGCGUUAUCCCCAAAAUUCGCAACCUUUUUUUCUCUCUCUUCAACACAAUGGGUCCGCUUGCCAUCACCCAGCUAGCCACCGGUCUUAGCGUCUUAGCCGGCGCGGUUUUAGUCAAAUCGGUUCUUGACCAAAAGCCUAUGGCCGGUGGUCCUUUCCCUCGUUGUCCGACCUGCAACGGUACGGGACGUGUCACGUGCUUCUGCUCUCGAUGGUCUGAUGGAGAUACUGGAUGUCGCAGGUGUUCCGGUUCUGGUCGGGCGGCUUGUAGCAACUGCGGAGGUACCGGAACCGGUACACCUUUACCGGUUCAGAUCACGGUUCGGCCGCCGAGUCGCCCUUUCUAAUUCCAAAGAUUUGUAAAUGGCUUCUCUUCUCUUCUCUCUAUGUCUGUAUUGUAAGUUGAUUAUAUGUACUUUUGUUUCACAGAAAGAGAAAUAUGAAUUGCUUGAAUC